AUGGCUUCCGACAGAGAAUACGAUUUGGUUCUGCUAGGCCCCACCGGCUAUACGGGUCGAUUCUGCGCUGAGUACAUUGUGAAGAAUCACCCUACCGACCUGAAAUGGGCAGUUGCAGGCCGUUCGGUGAACAAAAUUGAGCCCAUUGUCCAGGAGCUUAAGGCACUCAACCCAGACCGUCGUGCACCAGAUGUCCUCCCGGUCCAGCUGAACCUUACCGAAUUGAAUGAGCUCGUCCAGAAGACCAGACUGAUCAUCAACUGCAUUGGUCCCUACCAUCUAUACUCCACCCCCGUGGUCGAAGCUUGUGCCAACAAUGGUACCCACUAUCUGGAUGUUACUGGAGAGACACCCUGGAUCAAGCAGAUCAUUGAGAAGUACCAUGAGACCGCCAAGGCUAAUGGCUCUAUUAUUAUCCCCUCUGCUGGCAUGGAAAGUGUCCCGUCGGAUAUGUUAGCGUGGGCCCUUGUCAAGCGAGUCCGCGAGGACCUUGGAUCGCAGACUCGUGGGAUCGAUAGCUGCAUCAAGGACAUCAAAUCAUCUGGUGCUAGCGGCGGUACCCUUAAUACCAUCUUGAGCAUCUACGACUCGAUCCCCAUCUCCGAGCUUCUCAAAUCCGUCGGUCCCUUCUCACUAACAGGUUCCGGUGCACUAAAGCAUGUUCCUAGCGACUCGAUAAUCACCAAGCUCUUGGGUCUACGCUCCGUUCCCGAUCUGGGCACUCUUACAACCGCCCCCAACGGCAUGGCCGACAUGGCGAUCGUCUAUCGCAGCAGCAUCUUGAUGCCUGAAUUCUACGGCAAACGGUUCGUUUUCCAUCAGAUGCUGUACGUGCGCAACGCUCUCAUCGGUGUCGCCAUGCACAUCGGUUUCAACCUUUUCAUGGCGCUCCUGAUCAUCCCACCUGUGCGCUGGCUGCUACGCAAGCUUAUCUUCGCCCCCGGUGCCGGUCCAACGCUGGAGGAUUCUCGCAACGAUCGGGUGGAGUACCAUGCUGUUGCGACUGCAGACCAGGAUGUGCCCAAGCCAAAACGCGUUUUCGGUAAGCUGACCUACGAAGGAACCAUGUAUGUCAUGACUGCUUUGCUUGUCUCAGAGGCUGCUAUGGUCAUCCUUCAGCAAGAGGAAAAGGUCCGUAAGGUUUCUCGUGGUGGCAUUGUUACCUCUGCCACGCUGGGACAGGAGUAUGUGGAUCGGCUGGAUAAGGCUGGCGUCCAUAUUGAAACCAAGGUCUGGGAUUUUUAA